AUGUCAAGCCACGGGGACCACGGCGGCAGAAGGAACUGCAACCAAACGGAAAAAAUGAGCCAACCCGUACGAGUCGGCAAACGAGCCACCUUGGAGUUUGAACGAAUCAACCGUCGUCUCGACAAGUUCAUUUCUAAAGUACACCGAGCCACCAGCUCGGUCCCUGAGUUGACGAAAGAACUCGCUGACACUUGGAAGAGCCCACUCAGUGCUAUGAUUCGCCGAGUCCGACUCCAGGACAAAGUGUGUCUCAAGAUCAAGCCCUACACCGGUGUCAACGACCACAAGAAGUGGUUGACAACAUUCAACCUAGCUAUGACGAGAGAGAAAUACAAUUUUCUCGAAGAAAGAGAGGGGAACUACUACCAAGUGUUCAUUGAACACAUGACAAAGGAAGCCCUUGUUUGGUUUUUGAACCUCUUUGCAGAGUCGAUCAACAACUUUGACGAAUUGACCAACGCUUUUCUGAAACACUACUCCAUGCACAUGACCUGGGUUACUCAGAACACAUUCACCAUGACACAAUCGCGAGGCGAGCCUUUGCGUAUGUUCAUGGAGAAGUUCAAGAGAGAUGCCCUUGAUCUCGGUGACAUGCCAGAUUGUGUCUCGCUAGAGGCACUCCGCAAUGGCCUAUGGUAUGAUUCCAAGUUCAAAGAAGACCUAUCAUUGAGACCACCUACGACGCUGGAAGACGUUUUCCACCGAUCUCAGAGCUGCAUCUUCUUCGAGGAAGAUCAAUCUUUCUAUGCCGAGAAGCAUGGCGAGAAAAGACCGGCUCCCCUGAAGCCUAUGGAUGAAGCUCAAGAGCCCCGGAAAAGGCUAGACGCUCCUCACCUUGUUUGCAAUCGACGACGCCGCCGAACAAGCAUCACAAAUUGCCGCAAUGAUUUUAUCUCGUGCACCAUCUACCAGCACUAA